AUGGCAGAAGAGCGGGUGGAGGCUGAGGUUGUCAUGUUCAGGACCAUCGACCAGCUACUGGCCAAGACCGUUGUUCAAGGCUAUGGACAUAGGAAUCCUAGUUGUGAACAACAGAUUUCUGUCAAUAGAAUCACCGGUGAGAUAACUGAUUUUAUCAAUGGGUUAGCUCGAUGCAACGAUAGCCACUUGGAGAAUCUGGAGCUGGGAAACAAUGGAUUGUCUGGCAAUUUGCCAGAUUCUCUAGGAAACCUGAAGAAGUUAAGGUACCUCCAAUUUUUGCGGAAUUCAUUUCAAGGUUCUAUUCCACGGACGAUUGGAAACUUGUCGUCUUUGAAAGAGUUUUACGUUGGCAAAAACAGUAUGAGUGGGAUUCCUGAAAGUUUUGGGCAAUUGUCGGCGUUGGUCGCGGUGGAUCUCUCUGAGAACUUGUGGGAAGGAGUCGUGACGGAGCGCCACCUGGCAAAUCUCUCGAGCCUUACGGAUCUUUCCUUGGAUAAAAUGUAUCAAAACAUUUCCUUGGCAUUUAACAUAGCCCCCAGUUGGAUUCCUCCCUUCAAGCUUAGGUACCUGAACAUCAGGUUUUGCCAAUUGGGUCCCGAGUUUCCUACUUGGCUCAGGAAUCAAAACCACCUCAAGACCGUGGUGUUGCGCAACGAUAAGAUUUCAGGAACCAUACCCGAUUGGUUCUUCCAGUUGAAUCUGCAAUUGGAUGAACUAGACGUCUCGUAUAAUCAACUCACUGGCAAGCCACCCACCUCGCUGACAUUUGUAGACGAUCAGUCCAAUGUCGACUUGAGUUCAAACCGAUAUGAAGGUCCUCUUCCUAUGUGGUCUUCCAAUGUGACGACACUGUAUCUCAGAGAUAAUCAGUUCUCCGGUCCAAUUCCUCCUAACAUCGGCGAACUCAUGCCUUACCUGACAGAUUUAGACAUAUCUCGGAAUGCCCUAAAUGGUACCAUUCCCUUGUCCAUUGGGAAAAUGACCACUUUGACAACCUUAGUCAUCUCCAACAACUACCUAUCCGGAGAAAUACCGCGGUUCUGGAGCAACUUGCCCUUCCUAUAUAUUCUUGACAUGUCAAACAAUAGCCUUUCGGGUCCAAUACCGAGAGAGGUUGGCUUUCUUUCCUCUCUCAUGUUCCUCAUACUUAGUAACAACAAUCUCUCUGGCAAACUUCCGUCCUCCUUGCGGAACUGCAGCUCUCUGGACAGUCUUGAUUUAGGCGAGAACAAGUUCUCAGGAAACAUUCCCGCAUGGAUUGCAGAGAGCAUUCCUUCAUUACUGAUUUUGUGCCUGCGGUCCAAUUCGUUUACCGGGAAAAUUCCUCCUCAGAUAUGCCGUCUUUCAAAUCUCCACAUAGUAGACCUCUCUCACAACAGCUUGUCAGGAUCAAUUCCGAUGUGCAUUGGAAACUUAUCAGGCUUGAAAGUGGAGCUCCCGGAUACUUACAGAGGGGAGGGGAGGUACGAGGGACGCUUGACCAUUGUGGCGAAAGGACGGAUUGCUGAAUAUUAUCAAAGCAUUCUUUACCUCGUCAACAGUUUGGAUCUCUCGGACAACCGCUUGUCUGGGGAGAUUCCUGAAGCGCUAACAGCCCUCGUGAGGUUGUGGGCCUUGAAUUUGUCCAUGAACCAUUUCACUGGAAGAAUACCGAUCGACAUUGGGAACUUGGAAGGGCUAGAAACUCUCGACUUAUCAAGCAACAAUCUCUCGGGACCACUUCCUCCGAGCAUCACCGCUUUAACAAAGCUGAAUCACUUGAAACUGUCAUACAACAACUUGUGGGGGAGAAUCCCGAGGACCAACCAGUUCCAAACCCUCAACGACCCAUCGAUUUACGAGGGCAACGUCGGCCUCUGUGGGAUUCCAUUGCCAGAGUUAUGCCCGGGAGACGAGAAACAGCCACAAUCUCCUGACGAUGGUGGCGGAAACACCAAGAGCGAAGACGGAGGCGAUGAUCUCGAACGUUUGUGGCUCUUGCUGAGCAUUGGGCUCGGUUUCUCUGUCGGGUUCUGGGGCGUCUGCGGCACUUUGAUCUUAAAGAAGUCCUGAGAGAUGCUACUAUGGUUACGUCGACAGGAUGAAGAACAAGCUAAUUGUUGCUGCACUCAUCGCAUGUCGGACGGACUAGUAUCCAAGCAUGUAUUCAGGGAUUUUAUUCAGGGCUUACUAUCGUUAGACAUUUGA